AUGAAAGAUUCGGCGGAAACAGAUCCUAUAGCUGAUUCUCUCAACCUACUGAGUACACUCCUGGACUCGGAACUACCCAGCGUCACAAACUUCAAAGGGAAAUGGUCACUCGCCCGAGUCAAACUCACCAACCUUCACACUCACCUCACAGAUUUCUCCGGCGAGUUUCCCAACGCCUCCACCACCAACCCCCUCUCCCUCCACCUCCUCCACUCCAUAUCCCACACGCUCCACGACGCCGUUUUACUCGCCGGCACGUGCCAGCUCCAAGACCUUCCCAACGGCAAGCUCAAAACCCAAAGCGACCUCGACUCCCUCCUCGCUACCCUCGACCGCCACGUCACCGACUGCGACAUCCUCUUCCGCAGCGGUCUCCUCCUCGAAAACGCCGCCGUUUCCACCUCCUCUAAAAGAGAAGCCAUCCGCUCUGCAUCGCGAAACCUAAUCACCCGGUUGCAAAUCGGGUCGCCCGAGUCCAAAACCUCCGCGAUGGACUCACUAUUGGGCCUUCUCCACGAAGACGACAAAAAUGUUACCAUUGCUGUGGCCCAGGGGGUCGUUCCCGUGCUCGUGCGCCUACUAGAUUCCCCCUCCGACAUGAAGGAGAAAACCGUCGCCGCUAUCGCCAAAGUCUCCACCGUCGAAAGCGCCAAGACCGUGCUCCUUGCCGAGGGUUUGCUCCUUCUCAACCACCUUCUCCGGGUGCUGGAUUCUGGAAGCGGAUUCGCGAUUGAGAAAGCAUGCAUCGCGCUUCGCGCACUGAGUCUCACCAAGGACAACGCCAGAGCGAUUGGCUCGCGCGGCGGAAUCUCGUCGCUGCUGGAGAUUUGCCAGGCUGGCACCCCUGGCGCGCAGGCCUCCGCCGCCGUCGUGUUGCGCAACCUAGCCGCAUUUUCUGAGAUUAGGGACAAUUUCGCGGAGGAGAAUGCGGUGGUGGUUUUAAUUGCCUUGGCUUCCUCCGGGACUGCUUCGGCGCGUGAGAACGCGAUUGGUUGUUUGUCGAAUUUGAUUUCCGAGGCUGACUCCGAGGGUAUGUUGAAUUUGAGGAUUAUGGUGGUUAAAGAAGGUGGGAUUGAGUGCUUGAAGAAUUACUGGGACUCGGGCACUCCAAUUCCGAGUCUUGAAGUUGCAGUGACGAUGUUGCGGCAUUUGGCUGUGAGUGCUGCAAUUGGGGAGGUUCUGAUUGGUGAAGGGUUUGUUCAGAGGCUUGUGGGGGUGCUGAACUGUGAGGUGCUGGCGGUGAGGAUUGCGGCGGCUAGGGCAGCUCACGCUUUAGGGUUGAACUGUGGGAGGGCGAGGAAGGAGAUGGGGGAAUUGGGGUGCGUGUUGGGUUUGAUUAAGAUGUUGGAUGGGAAGGGUGUAGAGGAGAAAGAAGCUUCUGCAAUGGCAUUGUCGGUGCUGCUGAUGCACCCUGUGAAUAGGAGGGUUUUCCGCAAGGAUGAAAGAGGGGUUGUGAGUGCGGUUCAUUUGUUGAACCCUUCGUUGCAGGGAUUAGAUAAGAAGUACCCUGUUUCGUUGCUCGCUUCGUUAGUGCAUACAAAGAGUUGCAGAAAGCAAAUGGUAGCAGCAGGGGCUUGUGUAUAUACGCAGAAGCUUGUGGAGAUGGAUGUGCCGGGAUCAAAGAAACUCUUGGAGAGUCUCGGGCGUGGCAAGAUUUGGGGUGUUUUUGCUAGACCCUAG